UAGCCGUGUUCUAUUUAAUGUUGUACUUUUCAUUGGGUCAGAAGCUAACCUUCUUACGCUUAAUAUAACGUUUUAAUGUCAUCCAUCGAUUAAGUUAAUAAGCUGUAAUUAAACAUUUUAUAUUUAUUGUUCAUUGGAUAUAGACUAAUUUAUUAGAAAUAUCAACAUGCUACGUACUAGAUUUAGAAUAGUUUCUAAGUUCAUUACCAGCAACAACUAUUCCAGUGCUCCAGCUGAACAAAAAAAAAUCAUUUCUGCUAGUUUCAAGGUUCAAAAUAACAAAGACUUUCUAGAACGAGUUAAAAACUCCAAAGUACCUGUUAUAGUAGAUUUCUUUGCGACAUGGUGUAAUCCAUGCCGUUUGUUAACACCAAGAAUUGAACAACUUGUUGGAGAAAAACAAGGAAAAAUUUUAUUAGCUAAAGUAGAUAUCGAUGAAAAUACUGACUUGGCAAUGGAUUAUGAUAUUGCUUCGGUUCCUGUACUUAUGGUUAUGAAAGAUGGAAAAGUAAUGGAGAGAUUGAUUGGAUUACAAGAUAUCGAUAAACUUAAGAAAUUUAUAAACAAACAUGCAAAUUAAAUUUUUGUAGUAUAUUAUAAAUUAUAAAUAUA